AUGUUUAACAACAAGGAUCGGCAGAUGCUCUCAGCCUUAAUCACAAUUCCACGCCGAGCAUCUGGACAAACCCCAUCAUCGCCGCCGCCGUUGCUCUUGGCACGGCGCGGAGUGUGCGAGCUGCAGGAAGAUUUGGUAAGCAGCGCAGAGGACGAAUUGAAGAUAGCGGCAAUCUUAAAGCUAGUGAAUCCGAUGAUGGAUCGUUGCGAAGAGACUGUGCGAAGCACCAACCGUAAUCUUCUGUGCUGGCUCAGAAGCGUCCGACUUACCUCACCUUCACAAGAGCCAUUUACUCUGGUACACCAGCCGACAAGCACGCUGAAAUAUCGUCUGCUUUAUCGGAAACUUAUUUCCUUCAUUUUUCGCGUGUAUCGCCUGGACGAAGGCACGCGAACGAGAAUGAUUGGGUUAUCGCUUGGAAACCCCAUAUUGCAUUUCCUGGACGCGAUAUGGCAGAACAAAUGCUGGAAAACAACAAAUCACAUCACCAAAGCAGCCGAACAUGACUCUACAGUCGAAUUCGACGUGAUAUCGGAGUCUGAAGGCGGCGGAGGCAGCGGGACGUCUAGCGACAGCGGAGAAAGCGACGAUGAUGACAGCGAAAUGGAAGCCUACACCGAUGGGAGUAUCCGCGGCGAAGCAUCAUCACAGUCGGACGGAACAGGCAUCGCCGUAUUACGUCCAAUGCUGCACAAGCCAGGAAGUUGUGAGACGGAGGAAGUACUAGAGCAGCUCUUUGGAUUGAGCUUGGCACUGUCAGAGGACGUCCCAGUAGAUGGAAAGCCAAGUUCGAUGGUGAUGGUAUUCUUCAGCGGCAUUCUAGGGUUCUCAAAGGGCCGACAGAGCUUCCUGCCGGCUCGAGCCUUCACUCCCCAUCUUUCUGCCCUCAUUUAUCACCUGCGUCUAUUCUGCAUAGAGAAGGCGCUCCCACUUCGGCCCUAUCGCAUACUUCAGAUCGAAAAACGGCCCUACACCGAACAACUGGAACGCUUACAAAAGAUCCGCAAGCAGUUGACUGUGCAAGGACCGCAGUCACCGUUUGAUGAAUUUUUCACCCUUCGAAACUAUAGGCGUGUGGCAGCGAAGUCAGACACGCCACCGUUCUUGCUAUACUGGAGUGACGACGGUCAGACAGUGCACUGGAAUGGCUCUAAGACACUGACAAUGGGGGACUUCAGACUCUUGCAGGAAUACUUUACAACACAGGCCUGA